AUGGCGAACUUAUAUGACCUGGGAUCUCAGCAGGAUCAUGAUGCCAGCGCUUAUACUCAGUUACCAGGAGCAGCCUCAAACGAUGCAGCGCAUAAUAACCUGGCAGGGGCGAAGCCCCAGACCCAUAAUGAUGGGGUCGAACGUCCAGGACGUCAUCCUAGCCGAUGGAUUUACGAGCUUUUGAACAACAAGACCACUAAUAUUGGACCGUUCGAGAAGGCACGGCAAUACCAGGUGGAUAUACCGUACGAUUGGGACCAUGAGCACCGCCUCGUUCUCAACGGAAACCAAAGCUACUCGACGCCGUCGACCCGGGUUCUAUCCUCGCUAUGCAUCGAGUGUCAUUUCCACUUCGUAUUCAAGAUGAAGUGGAACGAACACUGCCAAGACAAUCUCUGCAACCCGCUACAGGCCUCGUGGCCCAUGGAGGAGUCGAAAUAUCCGUGGCAUCAUUUAGUUUGGGCUGGGUCAACAGAUGACGCUGAUCUGCUAGAGGAACGCUCCAAGUACUAUCCACUACUCUCAAGAGAGCAGUUUGUGUGUGUCGCUCCGCCCUGCACCUUUCAAAUCACUGUCGAGGUCUUGGAGCCACGGAUGGGAUCCUGGUGGGCUCAGUUGCUCACCGACCAUGACGCUAUCCGCAAAGAAUUGUACAAUGCCAAAGCCCGAGACCCUGAAAGAUAUGAGGGCGCAAAUGAGGGAUGGAUAACCCAGGCACCACUCAAUCUCAACACAUACCUAAAAAACCUGUUAGAAUCACCAACAAACGAUCUACGGAGCAUAUCGAAGCGUAACAAGCGGUUUUCGGUUCUAUUUGGGCCCAGAUCUUUCAGAAUUUUUCGCGACUUGGAGUUCUCUGAAACUAUUGUAAUGUUGGAUGACGAAGACGAUGGGCAAUUCACACCCAGGGCACCAGAGCCAGCAUCCGGACCAUCAGGGACAACCGAGCCUGGUACUUACCGUGCUUAUGUCGAGGAUGUCCGAGCCGAAGUCCAGUGUAUUAUCCAUCGCACAGGGCAAGCAACCGAGAAGCCAACGUUUAUAACCUCGGCUUUGUACGCAGAUCUGGGGUCUAAGGAUGCCCCUGGAGCGAAAAGCCAUGCCUUGACAGACCUUGAGCGCUAUAGAUUGCUGGGCAUCCUUCCUAACUUGCCCCGAGAGGCAACUGUCAAUGCCUAUUUCCGGCAGUGGGAUCUCAUCCCCAGCCAACGGAAAGCCAUGGUAAAUGACCUUGUCGCGAUCGCCAAUGACUAUGGGGAUGAGGCACUCUCAGAGUUCGCAAUGACACAAUCUUCCAUCUUCGAGUCACUAAUGGAAAGGAUGGAAGCUUCUGAGAAUAAUGAGCUCAACCAAGCCCUCAAAUUCUUUGAUCUCUCGCCACCAAACAGAUACACCGCCGACCAGAUCAUUGCCUCGUUCAGGCUUACCCUAGCCGGCCGCCCUGGGCAGGCCGCCGCGGCUCGGGACAUGCUCAUGGUGAUUGCUGGUGCUUCAAGUGAUCCUGAAUACCAGACUCGUCUUCUUAUGGAAUCUGAUUCCAAUAUGACGAUUGAUACCAGCAAGGCACUUUUCAAUAUCCCACCCAAUGACGUGAUGGAUUCCCAAGCAUGGAUCCAAGUGGGAAGAAGCAAGCUCAAAUCUUGUACAAGCAGACAAGAAAAGCUUCUCUACCUAAGUGCUCUGAACACAAUCGCCGACGUUACUGAUGACGCUCGUCUCAAACAAGGAGCUGCCGAGCUUCAAGAAAGAUUUGCACCGGCUGGAGAGGAAGAUGACGGGAACCAAGCCCCGGCAGAUAUCAAUAUCCCGGUCGGGUUAAAUAAUAUCGGCAACACUUGUUACCUGAACAGUUUACUCCAGUACCUAUUCACCGUCAAGGCCGUUCGAGACAUAGCCUUCAACUACUCUGACUAUCGUUUGGAGUUGACUGAUGAGCAAAUUGCCGAACGGAAAAUUGGAGGGAACAAGAUGACCAUGGAUCGGGCCGAAGCUGUGGUCGCUCAAGCCUUUGUCCAUGAACUUGCCGAUCUAUUUAACAAACUCAGAUCCCAUAAUCAGGCUGCAACACGCCCAUCCCAACGUUUAGCUAACGCUGUUCUUCUGUCAACGCACUCGUUACUGGAGGACUUAAAAUCUAAAGAGGCGUCGACCUCGACGUUGCCUCCACCUCUACCAGUACGGCCCACAUCGAGACCUCCCUCGCCAGUGGCAGAGGAUACAGAGAUGGCCUCGGAAAGAAAUCCUUCAAGCCAAGACUCUGAAACUGUUAGCAAUGGCAGCUCUGAAACUUUGGUCGACCUGGUAACUGUGAUGUCUGAUAAACCGAUCUCGGAAGAGCAACCUUCUUCUACGCAUCAAGAUGGAAAGCCCAACGAACCAACUAUCAGAGUAGUAGAUGAAUCGAUAGCCGAGACAUCCGCCAUAGUGACUGGCGAGCCAGCCAAAAACCCGGAUGUUGAUGUCGUCAUGAGCGACCUAGUUGAUGAAAAACAACAACAAACCAUCGAUGAGAAAGUCCUUGACGCUCUGGGACAUCAGAAAAGAUCCUCGGGAACCGACCAACAAGAUGUGGAGGAAGUCAUUGGAAGUAUCAUCAACCGAUUGCAGGCCGCUAUACACCCAAGCUCGGUCGACGAAAAGACCGGAAUCCAAUUCGAGAAGAUAAUGGAAACGUUCUUCGUCACUACUGUCAACUACACAAAGAAAUUCGAUGACCACACAUACCAGAGUGAGAUCAGCUACGACAGAUCGAUUACAGCCUUUCCAGCAGCGGAUGGACCAUGCUCACUCUACGAUGCCUUGGGGCGGAAUUUCGACCAACAAGUUCUGGAAGAAAGCAGGCUUACCCGAUACACAGCUAUCAAGAGCCUACCUCCCGUCUUACAUGUCCUCAUUCAAAGAUCUCAAUCAAUUGGGCGCAAAAACGAUAAUCCUGUAGUUAUCCCGGAGACUCUGUACCUCGACCGUUAUAUGGAUGCGCCCCAUGACUCUCCCGAAUUCAAACGCCGCACCGAACAGUGGGUGGUGGGCGAAUGGCUAGCAGAUUUGAAACAGCAGAAAGCCCGCCUCAAUGCCGAUCCAAAAACCGGAGCCCUGCUAGACGAGGUUAGAAGAAGGGAUGAAAGCCAGACAAGCGAUUGGUCUUCCGCAAUAGCGGAGGCACGUUCUGCCAUCGCUUCGCUCGACGACCAAUUUGCGUUUGAUGGCCCCACUACUGAGGACCUCAUCACACUAUCGGAUCAAGACAUAGACUCGAACAUGACUGAUUCCGCAACUAAUAACACUCACAAACCGGCGAUUGAACCAAAUGAAAUGGCGACAAUUGAGGAAUUCACGCGAGCUCAACUAGACGAUGAUAUUGCCAUCUUUGGGCAGAGACUAGAGCAACUAGUUACUGGUAUGGAAAAGAACCCAUAUCGACUGCAGGCUGUCAUCUGCCAUCGUGGUCAUCUGAGCUCGGGGCACUACUGGGUAUGGAUCCAUGACUUCGAGGCGAAUGUAUGGAGAUGGUACAACGAUGCGGCGGUCAAAGAAAACCAGAACACUCAAGAAGUCCUUGAAACGCUGAGUAAGAGUGGAGAGCCGUACUAUCUCUGCUAUGUCCGAGACAGCGACAAGGGACAGCAUGUAAACGUUCCUAAACGAGAGCUUCCCGUGGUCCCAGAACCUGCUGGUGAGCCUCUCGUUGAGACAACGGAGGAUGCUGACGGUGACAUCCAAGUCAACGAUGCCUCGAAGGAGCCCGUAUCUACACUUACCGCAGACGAGAUCGAGACCUAG